AAAUUCCAUCCAUCAUCUUGUUUUUCUUCCACAUUCUGAUUUCGAAGCGCGGAAACCCCCCAUUACCAACCAACCAGGGAAAUUCGUCUGUGCGAUUGACCUUUGAGCCAUGGGGAACACGGAGAAGCUGAUGAACCAGAUAAUGGAGCUGAAAUUCAUGGCGAAGACGCUGCAGCGGCAGGCGAGGAAGUGCGAGAAGGAAGAGAAGGCGGACAAGCUGAAGGUGAAGAAGGCGAUCGAGAAAGGGAACAUGGACGGAGCUAGGAUCUACGCCGAGAACGCGAUCAGGAAGAGGACCGAGCAGAUGAACUAUCUCAGGCUGUCUUCCAGGCUUGAUGCCGUCGUUGCUCGCCUCGAUACUCAGGCCAAGAUGACCACUAUCAACAAGUCCAUGGCCAACAUCGUCAAAUCUCUCGACUCCUCUCUCGCUUCGAGUAAUUUGCAGAAGAUGUCUGAAACAAUGGACCAGUUCGAGAAGCAGUUUGUGAACAUGGAGGUCCAAGCAGAGUUCAUGGAGAAUGCAAUGGCGGGUUCUACUUCACUAUCCACGCCCGAGGGUGAGGUCAACAGCCUGAUGCAGCAGGUGGCGGAUGAUUAUGGACUGGAGGUGUCAGUUGGGCUUCCUCAGCCUGCAGCACAUGCUGUGCCAACCAAGGUCCAGGAGAAGGUCGACGAGGAUGACUUGUCCAGGCGUCUUGCAGAGCUCAAGGCAAAGGGCUAAAAAAGUGUGAUUGAAUAUGUCAAAGCCUUUCGAUUUGUGUUGAUGUGAUGCACUAAAUCUAUAUCUGAAGAUGUGUUCUUCAUAGAUUGCAAUUACUUGCCUGAGCUGGCAUUGUGUAAAUUUGACAAAAUGGAGACUCUUGAUUUGAUUUGUACA